AUGCCAGCCACAGACCCCAACGAAUGCACAAUCACGGCCAGUAAGAACAAGCUGGCCAAUAUUAUUGUAUAUGGCCAGUUGAAGACGAACGAACUUGUCAAGGAUCUAGGAGGACAACUACCUAACAAUGCAAAACAGCUGGCAAGGGAGCUGAUUGCGGCUGCUGCAAGAACUUUGCGACCAGAUACGACCACUGAGUUGGUCAGGGAUAUUUUACACUACCGGUCGAGGAAGGUCAGAUGCAUGUACAAGGAGUAUAAAAGGUGGGUUACGAAUUAUUACUAUAGCAGAUCCGAUAAUUAGGUCUAGAACAGUAUAAGAGUAAUGCUAGUGUACAGAAGUACGGAAAGGGCUGGGGUACUGUAGGGCUUGUGGUACGGUUGGGCUUAGGGUACGGUAGGGCUUAGGAUACAGUAUGGCAUAAGGUGCGGUAUGGCUUUGUGUACAAUAAGGCUUAGAAUGUGAUGGGGCCUAGGAUACGGUAUGGCAUAAGGUACGGUAUGGCUUAGUGUACGGUAGGGCCUAGGCACAUUAAAGCCUAGGGUACGGUAGGACCUAGGGUACGGUAGGGCCUAGGGUACGGUAGGGCCUAGGGUACGGUAGGGCCUAGGGUACGGUAGGGUCUAGGGUAUGGUAGGGUCUAGGGUACGGCAGGGCCUAGGGCUUGGUAGGGCUUAGGGUACGGUAGGGCUUAGGGUACGGUAGGGCCUAGGCUACGGUGGGCCUAAGGUACGACAGGGCUACAAUAGACCGUAGUGCAUUUUUGAAAUUGUCAAAUUGUAAAACUAACUUUUCAGUGGAAAGUGCGGAGAACAGUCUCUAGAACAACGUCUUAUAGAAUGUGAAAAAGCCUUGCUGAACACACUAGAACCUGAUGCCAAUGUUCACAAUGACUUCAUGAGAGCUCCAGAUAUUCAUCCAAACGUACUCGAAGUGCUGAGUCAUAUGCAAGAUUACAUUGUUGAUGCUGGUUUUCGACAAGCCGUCAUGUCAUCACUACCUGCACAGCCCAUUGAAAGAAGUGACAUCAAGUCAGAACGGUCGGAAGAUGGUCAUGACAAUAAAGAUGCUGAAAGCGAUGGAGAUUCUGUUCGUAAGUUUUUGAAAGUUCAAUAGUUUUCUUUUUAAAUUGAAACUUCUUUUGGUAGGGAAGUUAAGUAAAAAAAGUAAAGAAAUUUAGACUUAGAAAAUAUUGCUGGGGACGUUACUACAAAUUUUUCUUUGGGAAGGGAAAGUCGGAAGCCAAAAACAUUUUUUAAGGCUUGUUAAGUCUAAAACUAAGGCUACGGCUAAGGCUUUAUUUUAGGCUUAAGUUCAGGCUCAGACUUAAGAUCAAGUUCAGGUUUUGGGCUCUAGGCUCUAAGUUCAGGAUUUAGGCUCAGGCUUUAGGCCCAGACUUAAGAUCAAGUUCAGCCUCUAGGCUCUAGGGUCUAGACUCUAGGCUCUAAGCUUUAGGCUCUAGGCUCUCAUCUCUAGGCUCAGGGCUCUAGGUCUAUCUCUAGGCUCUGGGCGCUAGGCUUUAGGCUAACGCUCAUGCUCAACUUCCAUGCUCAGGCUUUAGGCUCAGUCUUAAGCUCAAGCUCCCAUUGUAGGCUCAGGCUCAGAUUAAAGCUAGGGUAAAGCUAAAGUUAUAUCUAAACCUAAUUUUUUUUGGGCUUGGGAUAGCUAUAAACAUUAUUUGCAAUACUUACAAUACAGUAACUAAACUUUCGAAUUUUCAUUUAAAACACCCAAGUAAAUAAGGCUGGGAAUAGUCUAUUCGAAUUCCCAAAAUAGCCGCGCUCUUAACAUUUGGCGCUAUUUACGGUUCAGAAAACUGCUUCCUCCGCCCGCUUUUUUCAUGUUUUUCGUCACGCUCAACGUCAUUUCAGCGGGUUGACGCCGCGGCCCUUUUUUAUUCUAAUUUCGGUUUUUUUCACGACGUGUUUUCCGAUUCACGAAUCUUUGACUUUAGGGGGUUUGAACUCUUGUUUUUUCGUUGUGACAUUUGAAAAAUUUUUCGAAAUUCUGAAUUUUUUUAGAUUUAAAUUUUAAAUAUUUACUGGGGGUAAAAUAAGGAAGGAGGGUACGGAUUGUAGGGUAGGAAAAAUACGGAAGGGAAGAUACGGUAAAGUAGGGUAGAGUUAGAAGUGAGAAACGGUCUAGGCUUACUUUUGAGGGCGUGAGGCCAUAUGCUCAGUGUUUAGCCGCGUCCCGUUUUUAUUUUUUUCUCAGUUUGGCACGGCCCGGUUAAAAAAUUUCUAGGCUUGGCUUGGCCCGUUAAAAAAUUAAAAAAUGCAAAAAAAAAUUUUUUUUUGAAAAAUUUAGAACUAUAAAAUUUUUUUUUGAAAUUUUUUGGGCCCGGUCUUACUUUUGAAGCCUGCUCAGUGUAAACUUUAGCUCAAGGCUGGCCCAGCUUACUUAGCCUGUUUUGCACCCUUAGGUGUUAGGUAAGAAGGAAAGGGUAGGGUAGACUAGAGUAGGGUAGGGUAGGGUAGGGUAGGGUAGAGCACUUUUUAUAGGCUUUUGCAUGAUUUAAAGACUGUUAAGAUCAAUUUUUCAUUCUUGAUCAAUAGCAAAUCUUACAAAAUGUUAAUCAUGACUCCCGACCCCUUUCUGCAGCUUUUUUUCCUCUUAAAAUUUCUUCCAAAAACCCUCUUUCAAUAAUUGUUAUCAAAAUUCCGAAACGAUCACUUGGAAAAAUGACAUCAAUCGUUUCGAAAAAAUGAUGAAAUGUUUCCACCAAGAAAUUUUUUUGUUCCGCGGCCCAAAAAAAAGCCGAAAGGGAGCUUUAAAAUAGGCCACGUUUUGUGUUCCCGAAAAUACUUCUUUAUGUGCACGGUUUUAUGACCGCGAUAAAACAUUCGUUUUUUGCUGUGUUUUUGAACGAAAAAAUUUCUGAAAAAGGUUUUUCUUUUCAUUUUUUAGUCUUUUGCAAUUUAUUCAAACGAAUGCUGUGGGUGGCUGGAGUUUGGGUGGUUUUGGUAAUAAUACAGUAGGUUUUAGUGAGGAAGUUAAACAGUGCUGGGCUAUCUUUUUAUAUUAUGAGGGUCGGGAAAGGAGAGGAAAGGUAGGGUAGGGCAUGACAGGGUAGGACAUGACAGAGUAGAAUAGGGCAGGGUAUUAGAGGAGCGGAGGAAAGAAAGUGGUAGGAUAGGGUUUGAUUGAGUUAGGUUUGGUAGGGCAGGGUAAGAUAAGGUAGGGCAAGAUAAUUAAAAUGUGAAAAAAUUGAAAUUUAUCAUUGAAUUGGAAUUUUUGCUCUAUUUUCGAAAAGACAUUACUUUUUAAAUAGUUUUUUGAGCUCAAAGUUAAAAAGAAAAAAAUCAUUAGCAUGUCUUUUCGCUAUCAUUAUUUAAAGUUUUCCUAGGGGUGCUUUUUUAAAAGAGUACUAAGAAUUAUCAGAAAUGUUUAUUUUUAAGUUUUAUAGAUGUCGUUUAUUCUACCUAUAAAACUUUUUAUUGCCAUCAUAUUUCCUGUUUGCAUUGUACAUCAAUUUGUUCUUGAACCUUCCGUUUACACUCUUUAUUCUACGUUUUCUCCUAAUUUUUACCCCGCCCUUCGUUUUACCUUUUACCCUAGCCCUUACUGUAUCUUUUACUUUACCUUUCACUCUACCUGAACCGUACUCUUUUCCCUGCUUUUCAUCUCAACUUGCACUGCUUUUCUCUAUACUUUUGAUCUUACCUUUUACUCUACUCUUCACCCUACCUUUCACUUUACUCUUCACCCUACCCUUUACUCUACCCUUUACCAUACCAUUCAUCCUACCCUUCACCCUACCCUUCACCCUACUUUUAACCCUACCCUUCACCCUGCCUUUCACCCUACCCUUCACCCUACCCUUAACCCUACCCUUCACCCUGCCCUUCACCCUACCCUUCACCCUACCUUUCACUUUACUAUUCACCCUACCCUUCACCCAACCCUUCACCCUACUCUUUACCUUACCCUUUACCCUACUCUUCACCCUACAGUUUACUUUAUCUUUCACCCUGUCUUUUACCCUACCCUUAAAUAUACCCUUCACCCUCCCCUUCUUAUCCCGCCAUCCUCCUUCUUCCUACCCCCAGCCCAAUUAUGUAUAGUCUGGAAUUGUUAUUGCCGUAGCGGUGAAAAUUUCGAGAAAAGCAUUUUGCAAAAAGCAUGUAAAAGACAAAAAAAAACACUUUGGUUUCCAUCAAAAGAAGAAAGAAAUUUUUGAAAGAAUUUUUUUCGAAUCGGCCCGGAGGAGAAGAAGGCGGCUUCUCUUCCUUCUUACACUACUUUCUUUUCGAAAAAACACUACGAAAACAAGACCAUUCCCAUUUUCAGCGGGUUUUUCUCAACUUUGCUGCAGUUUCGUCGCCGAAUAGAUUUAUAUUUGUCGUCUGCAAAAAUUGCGUUUUUAUCGUGGUUUUGCGAUGGAAUUGGGUUAGAAAAGGUUGGGGGAUUUUGGGGUAGAUUUUGGGGAUUUUUAGGGUGACUUUAGGGUAGAAACUUUGAUAAUUCUAGAACAAAUUCUGAUUGUGGUAUGCGCUGGUAUGGAAGGUAAAGGGUAGGAUGAAAGGUGUGAUAUAGAGUGGGUAAACGGCAUGGUGAAGUGUAGUAUAAGCGAUAGGAUAAAAGGCAGGGUCAAGUGUAGAACAAAGAGUAGAGUACAGAGUAGGGUGAAAGUUAGGGUAAAAAGUAGGGUAAAUGACAGGGUAAGGGGCAGUGUAAAAGGAUAGAGCAAAGGACAGGGCAAAAAGUGUAAUGAAGGGGUAGGGGCAGGGUAAAUUUAAACCCAACUUAAUGGGUAGGGUAAAGAUAAAAUACGGUGAAACUAGUACUAUUUUACUUUUUUGAAACACAUCUUCGAGUUGGUGGUUAUACAGGCGUUUCACUAUAGUUUAAUACGAUUUUGAAGUACAUUUUCAUCGCAAUUUAGCCUGAAGCAAAGUUGAAAACUUUAGAUACUAAUAUGACUUUUAAAGUCAAUUAAGUCAGUUUGGAAUUUGCAAGACUAUCUUUUUUAUUAAUGGGCGGGGACGGCGUGUUAAAGCUUGCAAUUUUAUUAGGUACCGACAUAAAGAACCCGCCAUUCUUUACAGGAAACUAAAGGAAAAGUACGGCGGGUUCUUUAUGUUGGCACCUAUUAUGAUGAAAUCAGUCUUAACAUUUUUGAUUUUAAAAAUUGAGCAUAGUGUUUUAUUCUUAUGUAUAUUACAUGAGAAAGUUAAAAUGUUAAUGUUUUCAACACUUUUAAUUUUUAUGCUAUUUAUCACGUUUUUGUGCUUCCAAAAAGUCUAAAAAUGACAAAUUUGCACCUGUUCUGCUUUUUUGAACCGAAGUUAGGUAUUAUAGACAGACAUAAUUAAAAAAUUUUUUUCUUAUAAUAUUUUUAAAAAGGCGUUUUUUGCUCUAUCAUUUCUUCUGCCCUAGCUCUACCUUAACAUUGCUUGACUUGAGCUAUAUUUGAAGUCUGACCAGGCCUAAUUUUAUUUUACUCCAUCCUUUACCUGACUUUGCUCUACCUACCUUUACUCAAACUUUUUUCUGCACUAGCUCUAGCUUAAUUUUGCCAUACCCAGUUCUAUCCUAAAUGUUCCAUACACAGCCCAACUUUAAGUUUACCUUACCUCCUUCUUUACCUAACUUUGCUCUACUUCUGUCUUACCCUAUUUUUUACCUACUCUUGAACUAGUCUACCAUACCUUGCCUUACCCUAUCUCUCUGUUCCUACUUUUGCCACGUAGUAAUACAAAGUUGAAAGAGAUAUCAUGGACGCAUCACGUAGUUUUACAUUCUUGAAGCCCGCAUAUUUAAUGGCCAAUAUGAAUUUUUUAUAAUUCUUCUAGUCGUCCAACCACUUUUGGGCAAAAAGAAUUUGAAAAUUUAAUUGACUUCAUAAAAUUUAUUUAUUAUUCGUUUGUCGUUACUUUUUUUAAAGAAUUUUAAUGAAGAAACGUCAAGAUAUGAAGGAUAAGGUAGGGUAGAGUAGGGUAGGGUAAUACAGGGUAUGGCAGAGCAAAAAAAAGUUUUCAUCAUGGGCGGGUUAAAAUAUUUUUUUAAAAUUUUUGCGGGUGGUUUUUAAAUUUUUUUAAAUGAUUGCUGAAGGGGUGCUUUUUAAUUUUUUUGCCGAUGGCGGGGUAUUUUUCGCUAUAAUUUUAAAAUUAUUCUUAAUGCCACUCCUUUUCAGACGCGUCCUCCUCAUCCUACGAAGACCAAGCCCCAGCCACCGUAUCAUCGGCCACCAACUCCACCGCCUCUGCCAUUGAUACUCACACCUUUGCACAAGCACCACAGGUACCACUGAAUGCGGAGAGCCUGAUGAGCCAGCAAGUGGUGCGUGAAGUGGUGCAUCGCGACGUAAAAAUUAACGGAUUAUCGAAUGGCACGAAUGGGCUGACAACCGCCGCCAGUCGUAAACGAAAACAUGAGGAGAGUCAGUUGGAGUUGAUCGAAAUGAAAAAGGAUCUUUUGAGGGUAGGUUUUUAAGUUUUAUAUUUCUCUGCCUUUGCUUACCCUACCCUACUCUAUCCUACCCUACCCUACCCUACCCUACGGUACCCUACCCUACCCUAUCCUACCCUCCUACCCUACCCUACUUGCCUUUUAUACUAAUUAUCAUUCUUUAUUUUACAUCUCAUUCUACAUGUUUUGUACUUUAUAUCUUACUUUUUAUUCUUUAUCUUCUUCUAACCUUUAUACUAAACCUUAUUGUACAUUAUGUAGUCUUUAUUCUACCUCUUCUUCUGCAUAUUCUUCUGUUAUUUCUUCUGCUUCUUUUCUUCUUCUUUUUCUUUUAGUCUUUAAUUUCUUUUUCGAUAAUAGUUUGUUGUUGACUAUUUGUUAUAAUUUUUAUUCUGCAUCUUAUGGUACUGCUUGUGCUUUCUAUUCUAUUUAUUAUUCUACAUUUCAUUCUGCUUUAUCUUUUGUUUUAUUUUUUAAUUUUUAUAGCUUUUUUAAGCUUAUAAAGAUCAAAUUUUAAGUUCAUUUUACACUGUCUUAUAUUACUUUAACAAUCUAUAAUAAACGUUUAACCGUAUUUUACUUUAACCAUCUCUAAAUUUCAGCUACAACAAGCCGCCUUUGAGAAGCAGAUUCAAAUGUUUGACGAAAUGGUCGGUACGCUACGAGAAAUGCGUCGACUAUUAGAAUAUCAAAAGCCUUUGGCUCCACUACAACUUCCCACGUUGAAUCAGAAUCCGCCCACAACUUCAGCAACAUCACCACUGCUUGGUCGCGACCAGACUGGUCUUCAUCACUUAGCUUAUCCUUUAUUAAGUCAACUACCACAGAGUGUUGUCAACUCAUUGGCCUUUUUGCAGGCUCAGGGCAAUGGUAAUGCUCAGCCGUUACUGUAA